AAACCGUAGAUAUCUUCUACCAUCUGUUUGUCUUCUGUUUUUUGCUUCACCUGUUGCUCCUAGAUUAGUGUCUAUAUAAAAAAAACUCAUCGUUAUUAUUUGGAUUUUAUACAUAAAAUGCAAGUGUCGAAUUAUCCAUAUGAAUAUGUAAGAUGUGUAGACAUGGAGCAAAUAAGAGAAUCACCCCAAAUGCAAUCUCACUCUUUGGAAGGUUUUAUUCCCCUUCUCAGUCUUACUGAGGGAUGUGGUGCUCUUCUUAUAAUCUUGAUGGCUGUAUGGACAGGACAUUAUAGAAACGGUUUCUCAUGGAGAUCUAAUCCGAAACUCGAAUUUAACUGGCAUCCUUUAUUAAUGACUAUAGGGCUCGUAUUUUUAUAUGCCAAUGCCAUGCUUCUCUAUAGGACGCAAAGAAAUGUUCGCAAGCUGCGACUAAAGUUAACUCAUGCAACAAUGAUGUUAUCUAUUUUAUUGUUUGUGACAAUCGCUUUAAUAGCUGUCUUCGACAGUCACAAUCUUGCUCGGCCUCCUAUACCGAAUCUGUAUUCCCUACAUAGUUGGGUUGGAUUGACUACCAUAAUAUUAUUCUGCUGUCAGUGGUUCGCUGGAUAUGUUUUCUUCCUUUAUCCCGGGUUAAAAAUUCCAUUACGGGCUUCUUAUAUGCCAUUACAUGUAUUUUUUGGCAUUGCAGGCUUCGUGAGCGCAAUUUUUACGUGCUUGUUGGGACUCAACGAGAAAGCGCUCUUUGAAUUACAAGAUAAAUAUUCAGCUUUCGAGAGCGAAGGAAUACUGAUAAACUUUAUAGGAUUGCUGCUCGUAUUGUUUGGAGGCUUAUCUGUAUAUUUAGUAACGCAGGAACGUUAUCGGCGUUUGUCGAGAUCUGAGGAUGAAAUCCUGUUAGGGGGCUAAUAUACGAAUUAUGUGAUGUGUUGCCAGAUAUGUUCCUUAAUAUAAUUAACCGGAUGGUUGUUAUUGCAAACUUAAUAAGUAUUUACUUAACAAGUAUUUACUACAAGUUCCUUGUGUGAGUUUUAUGUUAACUUUAUAAAUAAGGUUGACCCAAUUGAUUGAAGCACAUACACAAAAAAGAAACAAUGACCACGUUUAUGUUGGACAAAACUGCUAGCUUUUUUACUAAGCAAUUAAACGUGAUUGAUUGGACUGUUGAGAAAAAUUCUUAAUGUUUUUAAGAAUUUUUCAGAUUUUAAAGAAAUAUAUAAAGAU